GUGAAGGGUGGACUCGCAGCGUCACCGUUUCAAGGCCGUCUACCCUCAAUUCUCUUACUUCCAGUCUAAUUCGGAUCCUCUAUAUUUGAGGGGGGAAAUAAUAAUACUGGGAACUUAAAUUCAAACUGUGUUCUUAAUUCUUGGAUGUACCAGAAAUUUUAGUUAUAACUUUGAGAGGGACUUGGAAAUGUCCCUGACUCAAUAAAAACGAAAGGGGAGCCAGAAAAAAUCCCACCAUGGAGCAAAGGCUGGAACGAAUAGUGUGUGUGGUUAUCAUUGUGAUGGCGACAGUCACACUUUGUGACAAGAGUAUAUUUGACUGGGUACCCAAGGAUAAUUAUGGUAAAAUAAACGGACUUAUGGUAGCUAUAAAGAAAACCAAGGACUGUAAAGCAAAAACGCAACAGGCGAUGACCUUACCCAAACACAGCGUAUCUCAGAUUCCGAGAGCUAACCAACUUUUGAACAAAAUCUGGUACAAAAACCGAACUGCUCUUGUUCAUAUGCAUAAUAUGGCACUAAACAGGGCUUACUUUUACAGCUACAUAUUUCAAAAGUUAAACAAAUCUCAGACAGACUUCCAGUAUCAGCCAGGGUGGUUUUAUAACUACGUGUCUGUAACGGCGGAUACCAACGCUAACAAGGGGAUCUUCAACGCAUCAGCUCUCAUGUUUGACAACCACAACUAUUAUCCUAACUGGAUGACAAACUUUGACUUCAAUAAGACGCUCCCGUUGUUCGGUGUUCGAUCUUUUAGAUUUGACGAUACAUUCGAUAUGGGAGUUAUUCUCCGAGAACCUACUGGAAGAACAACGUUAGUGCAGGAUAUCGGGGCUAUAGGGAACUACACACACAAAGGUUAUAAAAUGGCCCCUUGGUACAGCUUUUGGCUUCCGGAUAAUGAACCUACAAUGGACUCAGUGCAAAAAUUUACUUACGCUGUGAAUGUCAAAUAUGCCAAUGGAACGGGGCGCUGGCUACAUGACGAGUUUCAGACCACCCCGUUUUUUGGUCCGAAUUCUCCCGGUAUUGGUGACACAGACGAUAUGUACAUGCCUGUACGUUUUACCGAUGCUUACUUUGACUGCAAAAUGUCCAACAAAUGGGUUGUAAGCGCCGUCGCACCCAUUGUGGACUUUAUGCCGAGAUAUUCUAACUGGACCCACCUCAGGCGACCAAAAUUUGUCGGCGUGGCCGUGAUGGAUAUCGACUUUAAGAAGAUCGACUUUAACGCUUGUCCAGUCAGUAUCGGGAACCCUGGUCCAAGUUUCUUGUCGGGAGUCAGCAAGUGUAAAACUAAGACAACACAGUGUAAACAUGUUUCUGGAAAGGGCUUUAAGCGAGGGGCGUAUACCUGCAUCUGUAACUCCGGGCGCAGCUACCCUCCAAGAGUCGGACCACCAUGGAAAGGCGGGGAUUUGGAAAAAGCAACUGAGUUUGAAAUUACUGUUGGUUAUAAUUGUCGACCGACACAAUAUCUCCGGGUGCUUCCGGUUGUGGACACAAGCGCCCUUAAUGUAAAAGUAGAAGGAGACUCUGGAUCGGAUCUAUUCUUAACUGAUCGCUACACUGGACGCCAACUCCGGUCAGUCAAUGCCAGCCAAUUCUAUGGUCCAGUCCGAAGAGAGGCUGUGAGAAAAACGCAGCAACCACGCGCCAUUAAACGCGAAGCUGUAAAAAAAGAUUACAUCGAUCAAGAUUUCAAUAGAGAGCCUCUAAUAAAGAAACAAAAGAAGAAGAGAAAGAGGCGAGAGGCUCAGUUUGACCAGAAGAAUUUUGACAGAAUGCAAGGCAUUUUCAAAACAAUCAAGAAGAUAAACAGAGAUAACUGUAAAACGUUUUCAAACCGAGCUAUGCUCCUACCUGGGGAUGUUGGAUACGGUGUAGAGACCAAGUUUGACACCCAGGCCCGCUUUGCUCUCCGAAUUUCUCAUCUUCUAAGCAACUGGUUUCAGAAUGUAAUUCCAGGUGAAAAUUUUGGUUACCUUAAAGGUGGGAACAGAAUUCAUCACGAAUUAUUGUUUGGAGAGGUGCUAGCUAACGUUUUGGCGGAUUACAAGGUGCUAUCCAGCGGCAUAUACUUCGAACCCCAUGUGUUUGAGGACUGGGAUGGAAAGUCGAGGGAGUUCUUCGGUCCUUUUGCUUGGAAGCGGGACAAGAGCGUGUACGCCAUUGACACGGCAGGAUUCAAGAAAAAAUACAUUGAUGAAGAUUGGUACGUUAGAAUCCGCCAGCGUUGGCAGACGAACACUGCAGGCGUUAAGAAGUACAGGAUGAAGGCAAAGGUACGCUCUGAUAUUAAAGGAUCGAGCUCGGUGAACUUUGAAUACUACCCAAUGGGAUACAAAGCGCCUAGUGUUACACAUGGAAUAUGGACUCAGCCUUACUUCCGAUGUGACGGUCGUGUGGACGCCUGGGUAAUUACGUAUGCUGUUCCGUUCAUUGGUUUGGAUAGGCUUAGGUCCAAACUGAAAUUUAAGGGCGUAGUUACCGUUGACAUUCCAUUAGAGGCUCUGGAGAUCAACCAGUGUUACCAGUCCUUCAGCGUCCAAAACGCUUUCAAAAACACCGCCAGGUGUCACUACCCAUCCCAAACAUGCUCCCCCAUCGCCGGAUACAAGUUCUCCAGAGGCGCCUAUAAAUGUGCAUGUCGCCAAGGUUACGAGUACCCUUUUAAAGACGGACGCAACUUCUUCCAAGGUUCACUUGUAGACAUCGAAUACGAAAAGAAAAUGGCGGGACUUUUCAAUCUGUACGAUUCUCUGAAGUGUAGGACACAAGGCGUAUCCAUGGUGAUAUGCAAUACAAUUACACUAGUUGUAAUGGCCAUCAUCGCUGUUUUCAGCAAGAGCAUCUGACUUUUGUCAUCAAUUAACUAUAAUCAGCUAUAAUCCUGCCAAUACGUAGAAUCAUUUUGUUUUCACGUGGUCAUUUCACAUCUGAUAUCCAAGGACUUCAUUACAUUAUAGCUAUUCAUUAGUGAUUAAGUGAGUUCGGUAUGAAUGUGAACAACGUGCUUGUAUGUAUCUGCUAAAUACAUUGUAUUUGUAUAUGAUACUCUUGUCUUUCUGCCUUAUUUUACUGUUAAUAGUAUACUUUUAUCUGAUUUUACGAUACUGUGAGACUGCUGAAAUUACCCGUAUGAAGAAAUCCACUAUUGCGUCAUCAUAAUGUUUACAUGAAAUCCAUAUACAUUGAAUUCCGUUAAGUAUUGUUACUACAUUAUGCAUUUCAUUAAUGUAUCCUAUGAUAAUUAAAUAAUAAACAUAUAUUAGUAUUCA